GCCGAGGUAGUCGCAAGAGGCCGCGUGCCCCACUUCGCCCUGCGUCCCUGUGUGUGAGUGUCGUUUGCGCACACCAAGUGGAUGGAAUCCGCGCAUCCAUUUCCUUCCAACAUCCGUCAGUGCCAUCAUCUGGCCUCAUCCGCCAACCGUGAAGACCGAGGGAUAGCGGAGAAUUCUGCACGGCCCUUCGCUCAUAGUGUAAAAAAAAUUUCAGAAAUUCUUCACCAGGCAAAUUUGACCCAGUUUUACGUCUCGCUUGGACCUCGUCCAAAUUCCAGCGGGGAACACUGGAUUUACGGAAGUGGAGUUUUCCCUCGAAGUGAAUAAUUCAGUGGUUUUACGAAGGGAUGAAGUGAAAUGAUGAUUUAGAAAAAUAAAAAAUUGCGGUAUAUUUAAGUACACUCGCUCGCUACGACUGGGCGCCAAUGAAUGACUGUCUGUCUGGAUACCUGAAUGUUGCAAGACAAGUUCUGAGGAGAUUUGCGAUGGGUUCCAAGGUAAUCCCAAAAGUAGAUUAGGAACCGAGUCCACAAUGCGUUUUGGCUAUUGCUGUCAAUAAUGCUGGAUUCCUAUCUAUGUAGUCUCUACGGACUUUCAAUAACCUACCCGGUUUUCAUAAAGGUUUGUAUGGAUGCCUUGACUAAGCAGUAAAAAGUGCAUUAAUAAUUGAUGAAAAGAAGAUUAAGUCAAUUAAAAAGUAUCAUUUCAUCAGGCUUGAUGAGACAUAUUCAUUCAAACAUAUAAACAGAGCAGCAUCUAGGCCUAUCGUGAGUACAGUCAGUCUGAGAAGAACUUGACGGCUAUUGCUGUAAUCUGAGGCAGACAGGAAAACUCUGAAGGGGAUUAUGAAUUCAGGCUAAAAACACUCCGAGCUGAGCCACCUGAGUGUCUGCAAGUCUUGGCAACAAACCAAAUUUGCGGGAUUCAGGUCAUGUUGGGCUAAAAGGACCAACCAGAAGUUCGUUCACAAGGAAAUAUCAGGAUUUGGCUAAAACCGCCGCCUUGUAUCCACGGUAAUAAGCUGCAGCAGGCUGAGUGCAGAAUAGAGAAGAGGCAAGAUAAACAUCCAUAUGCAAAUCUUAGUCGCUUAACUAAGGUAUAGUUAAGCGAUUGAAAUCUAGCUUUAUGGGCGUCUUUUCUUUCUGUGGUGCCUUGUAGAUGGAAGAGCCAAUUACGGAAACAAUCAGGAAAAAUAAAUCCGCGUAUUUAUCGCUUACAAAUGCGAGUUAUCUCAGCUUUGGACGACUCUCAGCCUUUCAAACUAGAGUUCUCAAUUUUCAUUAUCAUCAUUAAGGUCUACAUCACAUACAGUUAUCACGCUGCUAUAAAUGACGCUGAAUUCAUUACUUAUAUCACAGCAAAUAUGAAAGAAAAACUUAUACUGAAAUAAGCAGGUGGAUUUUAGCGUUAUCUGGAAACCUCAUUCCACAUGAAAAUAAUCAUAAAUCCGGGGCAGUUCAGAAAAAAUAAGAAAUAAAUGAUUAUGUGUUCAUAAACAAAAGAUGAAAAUGGCCCCAAAAACUGAUUUAAAUAUACUUCUCAAAAAUGACACAACUAUGAGAUUGCGAACAAAAACCUUUGAAAAGAGUGAACUGGAUAAGGCAUAGGAGAAUGACAACUGGGAAGAAUCUGAGUGGAAAUUGACUUAAAAUGUGGACAGAAACAUAUCGAGUACGUAAGAUGAGUGGUUUUAAGGACAGAAGAAAAAAGGAGAAAUUCGCACUGAACUGAACAAAGAAACUCUUAAAAACGAGAGACUUAGUCACUAAUGAAAGGGAAAAUGUGAUGACAUUUAACAUUAAGAAACGUGAUCGUUCGUAACAAGUGAAAAAUGUAAAUCCUUUCAGCUUCUACGCGCCUGCGCAGAAACUUCAACCCUUCUCCCCCCCUUCAAGAUGGUGGCUGUCCAAGUCCUCUUGAUGAACUAUUUUCUGCUGGGGCUCCACACCGAUCAGCAAAUCUCCAAUGACGUCUUAUUGCCAGACGAACCCUUGCUCACGGGCGGGGAGUGUUCCUACGGGUGCCUGCAGUGUUCGCCGAUCAACGGGUGCCUGGCCUGCAAGCACCCAUACUUCCUCUACCUCCACCGAGACGGAAGCAGACAGACGGCGUCGUGUACGCGUUCCUGCCCCGGCGGAUUCUACAAGCUCAAGAGGAAAAACAAACAAGGGUUCUGUGCCAAAUGCAUGUUGAGAGGGUGCGUAGAGUGUGCGACCAGGCACUUCUGUUCCGUCUGCAAGCGAGGACUGGUGAGGUACGCAGGGCGGUGCCGGAAGAGAUGCCCAGAGGGUACGAAGCUCGGUGUCAGGUUCCCGGGCAUGUGCCUCUCGGCGCCCGAGACGGUUCCAGACAAGUCCUCCAACGAGAUCGAAGUGAACGGCACAAUCCCGAGCUGGAAGCCGACUCUCGGCUAUCCUGGAACGCGCAAACCCCACCACCGCCACCACCCAGAUCGGGGUCCUCCCCAACCUUCCGUCCCUCUCUAUCCUACUUCUCACGAGGGGAAGAACGUCACUCGGAAGACCCCUUCGCAUCCUACGACGCCUAAGCCUGUGACUCACCAGCCUCCGGACGACCCAUCCAUGACGCGGUUGGAGGACACCUACGCCCUCUACCCAGAGCUCACCACUAACACCACCAACAGCACGUCCUCCUCCUCGACCACCCCGGGACCCAGGAGACGGCACAAGAAGAAGAAGAGGAAGAAGAAACGCAGGAAGGAGAAGGACAAACGGAGACACGAGAGGAACAGGAGGAGGAAAGCGAGAGAGAGAAGGAGAAGGAGACGACUGAGGAACAAAGAGAGGAGAAAGAAAAACGGCAAGGAACAUGUUCCCACCACAGUCGCGCCUGUGAUUGAAUCCCCCAUCGAUAACUAGGAUAAGAAAAAUGUCUGUGGAGAUGUCAGAGACGUCAGACGGAUGACCUCUGAUGAUGUGUUGAUGAACGUUUGAGCUUUAUUCGAGAAAGGCAGGACUCGGAAUGGGACAAUAAACUUCCUUUCGAGAUAUCUGCAUUUUGUACAUAGUCUGACAGUGAUAAUUGAAGUGAUUCUGCAAAGACUGACGAGUGAUGAAGCAGUAACUCAUAGAUGUACAUAGAUAUGUUGAUUGCUAUCUC